AUGGUUCAAGUCUUUGAAAACUCACAUACAUUUAGCCACGAUUUCAAGACCGUGACCUUUGCAUACUUAAAUAGAUAUCCCAACCCCUAUGCGCUGCAUGUUUUAAGUCAGGAUACACUUGAAACGUUUGUCGACGCUGAUGGGUGCUUACAGACUACAAAGUUCAUAAUUAAAAGAGGCAGAUUACCUAAAUUUAUGAUGCCAUUCCUCGGAGGCAGCUUGGACUCAUGGAUCAUAGAAAAGACUUAUAUCAACCCGAAAACUGAAACAAUGUUGACUUACACUUCCAACGUCGAUCACCGUAAGUUUAUAAGAGUGGAAGAGUUCUUGAGAUAUACAGGAAAUAAGGAUGGCGAAACCACUAACGUUGUGUCCAAGGUUAAAUUUUCAUCUAAUUUAAUCGGUUUCAAGCAGAGGAUUGAAGACUGGAGCAGAAAUAAAUUUUCCAAGAAUUUCUCCAAUUCGAGAGAAGGGUUAAAGUUUGUGAUGAAUAGAUUUAAGGAAUCGAGUAGCUGGAAACAGGUUUCCAGUGCUUAA